AGGUUCUCUGUAAGUAGCAAUGCCUUCUUUUAGCAAAUUCCUGAGUGAUUCAGAUGUGAAGAAACAAAUGGCAAUUGAUAGCAACUUUGUCCAGCAUCUUCCGCAGUCCAGAAGAGGGGCCACGGUACAUUUUCCGGUCGUGGACAUAAGCUCGGGAACACUUUGGAAUUUUGGGUAUUAUGUUCGUAUGAAAGGGCACCUGAAACCAGCUUUUCAAGGUGGCUGGCAUAAUUAUCGACGCCACAAAGGCCUCAAAGUAGGUGAUAAAAUAAUCUUUUGGGCAGAUCGUGGCCGCUACAGAAUUAAAGCACUUAGGAAAAUCAAACUGUUUGGUCAAGAAAUGUAUGGAGUACUGACAUGAAAAAGCAGCUGGUUGAUGCUUUUGAUUUGUGAAUUUUGAUCGUGGCAGCGUAAGUUAUCUUGUUAUGUUUUGUAGGGUUGUGUCUGUUUCCAGUUGUGGUUUUUGCUUUGUGAAUUGUGAUAUUGUGGCAGCUUAAGUGAGGGUAUCUUGUUAUGUUUUGUAUAUUGUGUCUGUUUCCGGUUGUGGUUGGAGUUGGAUAAAUGUCAUGUUUGAAAUCUGGUUGUUUGUUGGGUUUGAUAUGAUGUGUAAUAGCAUAUAUGAUAUUUCUAUGUUAUAAUUUUACUCUCUUUUUUUUUUUCUUUGUUUGUAAUCAUCUUCUUCUGGAAAAAAGCAAAGACAGCAAGAUCAUUGAAACAGAGUUCUCUGCUGUGUUUUCCAAACUUGAAUCCUGCUUGGAAUAACAUCAGCAUCAUCCGGGAAAGAGUUGUUUUUGAAUUGCACAUCUCAAUAAAAUUUCAAUUAAACU